UUCACAUGAAAGCACCGAAUCAAGUAAACACGUUUGUGAUGUUAUUUAAAUCGAAUUGUUUUUUCUUUUGAGUUGAUUUUAUGUGAAUUUUUGUUUAUAAUUCUGAUAAAUUUUGUGUGAAUAAUUUAUCUGGAGAAUGAAUUUCAACGAGUUGUCACUACCUCAAGCAAAAAAAUGUUCGGCCGACUCGAGUUUACGAGCAUUUCCAAUUGACCGUAUACCAAAAAUCGACGAUGAAAAACCAUUUACGGGUAUUUUUAAUGGAUUGAGCGUGGAAAUUAGUGAUUCGGAUGUAAUAAAACAUCUUUUUUCAAACGGUUGCUUUGGACUCAGUACAAAAACAAAAAAUACACCACAGUCACUUUUCGCUCUUCCCCGAAUGCAAAAUGUGAGCCAAUGCCAAUAUGUACAGAAGUUUGCAUGGAAUGCUAAUUUCACAAAUCGAAAUCCGGAUCUGGUAAUGAUAAAUCUAUUGGCACCCGCCGAAAGAUCAGAAACAAAUCAUUUGAAACACAAAAGUGUGGAAGAAACGUCCAUUGACUGUGAGAAUAUUGGAAAUGAAGAUGAACGCGAUGACUUUGAAGACAAUGGAGAUGAAAAUAUUGAAGAUGAAAAUACCAUCGAUCAAACCAUGGAAAAUGUACUUGAAAAGACAGAACCAAUGGAAAUUUCAAGAAAGAGUGAGCCGGAACCUAAUUUGGUGGCUGAUCCAUUUCCAAUUGAAGAAUAUCUUGCUUUAUUUCCGGAGGAAGCAUUCUUGUUGCAUUAUUCAUUGCGAUGCUUGAAAAUUCUCAACUUCGAGCAAACACAUGAAUUCACCACCGAAGAAUUACUGGAAAAGUUCUGUGACAUGAACCCGAAAUUCAUCGAACGAUUUAUUGCUUAUCACUACUAUCGCAGCAAGAAUUGGGUCGUUAAAGGCGGACUGAAGUUUGGCGGAGAUUUUCUUCUGUAUUACAAAGGGCCAUCAUACUAUCAUGCAAGCUAUGUGGUGUUGGUGAAUGACAGUGAAGAUGAAGUGAAUCAAUUGGACAUGCAAUCAAAUUACCGUGUAUCUGACUCAACGAAAAAAGAACUGAUAAUUGCAACAAUAACCCGACCAAAAAAUCUCGAAUAUUCCAGUCGAACGGAGUGUCUGAAUCGAUUGAACGAGUUUCAAAUCACCGAAAUUAUACCAAAACGUCUCACAAUCAAUCAAUUAGCCUGACAUACAGUUGUUUUUGGUGUUGAUUUUUGACUGUGAUAAAUUUCAAUAAAAUAAAAUUCAAUUUUUAUCAAAAUAGCACA